GUCAGAAGUUUGGUGUAUUGAUCAAUUAUUAGAUGUAAUUGAUAGAAGCGCAAACAACAAUAUACCCAUAAAUUUAGAAGACCAAAUAGGACCAUUCCGUGAUUGGACUUCGGCACUUAGCACAUUAUACCGUAGGCCUCCCGCUAUACAAAAAUAUCACAUCUUUCAAUUUAGUCAUGAAAGACCCGGUAUAAUGAGAGCUAAAGUAAGAAUCGAUGACCCUUGGGAUGAAUUUCAGUUAUUGAAACGAAAUGUCAAUGUUAUAGCUUUGAAUCCUCAGGAGCUUCAACCAAAGGGUCUUCCAGAAGAAAAGCAAGUAGAACUCUGGGAAAAAAUUCGUCCAUACUGCCCAGUUGCCUUCCGUGAUGAGCUUUGUCCUAAACCACAAAACGAUCUAUUUGAGAGGGUUAGAAAUCUGAAAGGAAAUCGUGCAAAGGAGGCACAGAAGAAGCGAAACAUAAAACAAAAACAGAUCCAGGCAGGAGACGUAGAACAUAAAACUCUACCCGCGGCAGAAGCAACAGAGACAGAGACAUCGGGAAUCGCUUCAAAUUCUAGUUUACCAGGAGAAACCAGCAAGAGGGGAAGAUCAGCUUCUGC